AUGGGGCAGGAAUUUGCUGAGCUUAAGGAGCAGGUCCAGGCUCUCUCGAAAGAGCUGUCGCGGGUGGUAGGCAAGUACAAGCACGCCACCGAGUCCGAGGUUCGCAAGACGCACUUCAAGUAUGGUUACUACCUCGACAAGUGCCUCUACAACGAGGUCGUCGACAUGUUCUCAGACCACCCAGACGCCUACGUCGAGUUCCUAGGCUCACGCUACCGCGGCAAGGCGGGCAUCAAGCGGCUGUACCAGGGGCGGUUCCAGCAGACGUUUGUCAAGGGCCGCAACGGCCCCGUGCACGGGUUCCUGCUGGACCACAUCAUGAUGCAGGACAUUGUCGACGUGGACUCGACGGGCACGCACGCGUGGUGCCGCAUGCGGGCGCUGAUGCAGGCGGGCACGCACCAGAGCAUUGAGGAAGCGUACCCGCUGGGCCACCGGCAGUGGUGGGAGGGCGGCCUGUACGAGAACGAGUACAUCAAGGAGGGCGGCGCGUGGAAGCUGUUCCGCUACCGCUACUUUCCCUUCUGGCACGCCGAGUUCGAGCGCGGCUGGAGCCACACCAAGAAGAACUAUAUCCCCUGGCCGAGCAAGACCUUCCCCGAGGACCCCGUCGGCCCGGACGAGAUCAUCGAGCAGAAGAUGCUGUGGCCCGACACGCGCGUCGUGCCCUUUCACUACCCCCACCCCGUCACGGGCAAGCAGAUUGCCAGCGAUGACCUGCGCGCGCCAAAGCACGGUGAAGAUGUCAACUCGGGCGACUUGCCCCUGACGCUGGAGCUGCCCGAGGGACAGAGCCGCCCGGGCGCUACUGCAGAGGAACCGAAGCCGGGCGACAAGGUGCUGCCUGACCUGGUGCAAUUUAAAGCCGAGUAA